GUCUCCCCCAGACCACAAAUUAAAGCUGUGCAGAUGUUUUCCGCAUGGCGAACCCUGGCGAAGGGAGGACGGCGGGGGUCCUUCGUCAUCCUCCGAGCGGUCCACGGCCCCGGGGGUCCAGGGCCCGGUGAGGGGGACCCAGGCUUCCCGCCGCCCCCCACGAGGCGCAGCUACCCCCUGCCCCAGGAGCCUUGGCGGCGGGACCUCCGGCCCGAGGAGCGGGUGCUCAAGGAGAAGGAGAAGGGGGCCUGGACUCAGCUCAGCCGCGAGGAGAAAGUUGUCCUGUAUCGCCUCCAGUUCCCGCAGACCCUGGCGGAGGCGAAGAGGCCGUCCGGCGAGUGGAAGGCCGUCCUUGGGGGCUUCUUCUUCUUCCUGGGCCUCACGGCGCUCAUGAUGGCGUGGCAGCGAGUGUACGUGUCCCCGGAGAAGCCCCCGACCCUGUCGGCCACGUGGAAGGCCCAGCAGCUGCGCCGGAGCCUGGACAUGAAGGCCAAUCCCAUCCAGGGCCUCGCCUCCAAGUGGGAUUACCACCGCGACCAGUGGAAGAAGAAGUAGUGACGGGGUCCACCGGGGACGGGACCCCCCGUCCGGCCCGGACCCCCUCCUCAAUAAAAUCCUGCC